AAUAGAGAGUGCCGGGCGGGCGCGGGGAAAAACAAAAUGGUGUGCGCUUGUUUUUGACACAAUGUUGCGCUAGAGGCUUCGCGGUACGUGAAAAGGCAAAAUAUUGCGGAAAAAACAAUCUGCAUCCGGGCCGAAGCGAUCGCAGGCGCCAAUUUGAUUUCCCUACUGUUACCGGAAUGUGAAGUCCGCCGGUGAGAAGUUGAAUUUCGUGUGAAAAACGCGGAGGCGCAAACGAAAACUUGUACGACGUGAAAAAAUAAACUAAUUGGACUACCUAAAGAUAACGCAACAAAUUCAAAAAAGCCCUACAACUUUAAAGGACAAACCUCACUUCGAAAGUUUUGAGGAUGGAUGAAUUUAGCGAUCAACCGCAACCGGUUGACGAUGGUAUUCCACAGUCCAUUACCACGGGUGGCGAACCAGAGGACAUCAUACCGGCAGCCACAGAGGAGGAAUUCCAGGAAUCCACCUCCGUAGCGGAGAUGGACGAAGUGGAUGCACAAAGGCCUGUCUCUGUACCCACGGCUGGUGAAGAAUCACUGGAUGAUCCAGCGGGCAGUAGUGAUGUAGUGCGAGACGCGGUAGAAGAGCAAUUGGAAGAACUUAUGGAGGUAGAUGAAAGUUCGACGGCGGUGGCCGAAGUGGAGAAUAGCGAAGUGGAUGAAGGGGGUGGUGAUGUCCCAUCUGUAGAAGAGCAGCAAGAAGAGGUCUUGGAUAUGCAGGAGGAUUCUGCCAUCGCUUCUGUGCCAGAAGAGCCCGGUAAGGAUGAUGGCGAUAGCUUCAUCCCAUCAUUGACAACGGUUGAAGAGAAAGGCGAAAGUCAGUGCAGCGAGCCGGAAGGUCCGGCUGAUCCUGAUGCCGGCGUUAAAGCUGCAAUUGCUGAUGUUGUUGAAGAUGAUGCUGUUGCUAAAGUUGUUGAUGCUGAAACAGAUCCAGCUGAAGUUAGUGCUGAAGCUGUCGCUGUAUCUGAAAGUGCAAAGACUGUUGAAUCUACGGCAGACAACGACGCUGUCGUAUUGGAUAAAACCAACGACAACGACUUGCUGGAAGACAUCGAGAUGACAAAUGUGGACGAGAGUCGUCAUCAUGUUGAUGAGGAAGAGGAGGGUGAUCCUAUGGAUGAGACUGAUAACGAUAAAUCGCACGAUCGAUCCACCACGUUGGACCCGUUUGAUCAGGUAAAACACGCGGAAUGUUCAAAGGAUGAGUCUUUGAUUCAGGCCAAUAUCAGCCAUGCGACGGAAGGUGACAUCUCUGUGGCUACCACUGCUGCUGAUCUCGAAGACUCGGAACAACAAAACGAGACGGCCGCAUCGGAGGAAGCAGUAAUGGAGCCUGAGGGAGGAAAUCAGGCUGAUGAAACUGGUGCCGAAGAUGGCGUCGAUGAGUUGACGGAAGGUGUUGGGGUAGAUGAGAACGUUUGUUUGCUGCCGGACGACGAUCGGGAACCAUCGGAUGCCGACAAGGAGCAGGCUCGAGCCGUGCGUGAUGCUGCGGAGGAAGCGGAAAAGGCGGAGAAGGCGGACAAAAGCCAAGAGGCAAUGGAAACAAGCCAGGCGGAAGGUGAAGUUGUCGAAAUUGAUGCCGAGAAUCAGCCAAACGACACGGUGAAUGAGACUGAUAAAGCUGAGAGUGAAACAACAACCACCGAGACAGGGUUGGAAACUGACCAGGAGAAAUCGAAAGAGACACCUGCAGCAGAAGACGCUGCCACCGUUGCCACACCGGUAGAAUCACAGUCGGCAGAGACACUAGCCGAAACUCGCCUGGAAGCGUCGAUUGAUCAAACGGAAGAGACAGAGCCGGACCAGGAUCAGCGAACCGAUGCUCCGCCACAGGUGAAUGAAAUCCGGGAAGUUCCGGAGCCGAUGGAGCAAACAUGUUUGAAAUGCGAUGCUUCGAAAGUUUGUGAAUACAGUUUGAUCCAGGAGGAUGGGGAGGAAGCGCGAUUUAUCUGUUCCUUCGAUUGUGUCCAGCUGAUGAGGACCGAAAAUCCGGGCAAGUUUACUUUGAUACAGAAACGCGCCUCGAUUGUGCAGAUAUUCGAUUGCGAGGAAACCUGUAUGCGAUGCACGAAAAAGAAGAACUGUAAAUAUCGUUUCCAGUGUGGCAAAAGUGAUGAUAAGGAACAGUACAGGUACCUCUGUGACAUGAAGUGCGUGGAGCAUUUAACGACUAUCAACGGCGAAAAGUAUGUCCUGAAAAGGAAGCGCUAUCUGAUCGACGAAAAGACGGAGUCAGAGGACAAAAAAUGCAUCCAGUGCAAUGAGGUUAAGAGCUGUAAAUAUGUUUUCUCCCAAGAUGACGAUGAACUUUUCAUCUGCCACGAGGAUUGUCUCAACCUGUUGAUGACGGAGCACCAAGAGUUGUUCCGCUUGAAGCGCCGAUCGGUUAGGGUUAGGGAUCUACCGAAGAGAGUACCCAGUGAGACGGAACAGGUGCCGGAAGUGAGCAAGGUUGUGGCCCGAACCGAAGAGGAAGCUGAACACGCUCGAUUGGAUCGGGAGGCGAGUUUCAUGAGGCGUUGUGCCCAAUGCUUCCAAAUAACGCCGUUGGUAGACAAGACGCUCCAGUGGGAGACGUUGGAUUUUUGCAACGAGAAGUGCUUGGGCGUUUAUCAGAACUCGGUGGGAUCCAAUUGUGCCAUGUGCAGCAAUCCCGUUUCGAUAACAAGCUUGGGCAAAUACUGCGUCCGGUUUGGUUUCGAUGUGCGUCAGUUUUGUCGCUCAAGCUGUCUAGAUCAGUACAAGAAAAAAUUGAAAGUGUGCUCUUACUGUCAGAGAGAUAUUACGGUGGGAGAGCUCGGAUUUCUGGCCCCCGUCGGUGAUAAGGGCCUCUUUAAAGACUUCUGUACGCAAGCUUGUUUGAAGAAAUACGAGGAAGUGCUGGAUCCUAGAAAAAGACAGGUUCCACACACUUGCGCUGUUUGCAAUCACGAGAAGAUCACCAAGAUAAACGUGCUGCUGGACAAUCGGGAGCACUUUUUCUGCAGCACUCCGUGUUUCUCCGCGUUUAAAUUCGUAAACAAUGUUUGCCCCGAUGAAUGUGCCAUGUGCAAAGUGUAUUUCGAGCGAAAGUCAGCCGAUUGUUACACAAUCUUCGCACCGGAUCGAAGUCCGGAAGGGGCGCCAUUCUGCUCCAAAAUAUGCAUGAAUCUCUUCAUAAUCACCAACAGAAAGAUUGUCUCGUGCAAUUGGUGCAAAGUGAAAAAGUACAACUUCGAUAUGAUUCAGAAGGCGACCGGAAACAUGGCGAUGUGUUCGCUAAACUGUUUGACGCUCUGCGAGGUGUCGGUGAAUGCUCUAUCGAUGAAACAGAUUCACUGUGACCAUUGCAAGCAGCUCAAAACGCCCCAGUAUCAUUUGACAAUGAGUGACGCCAGCGUACGUAAUUUCUGUACCUAUCAGUGUGUUAUGUCCUUCCAAAGUCAGUUCAACAAGACUCCACUAACGAUCGAUUCUGAGGAGAGCAGAAACAGUCCGGUGCCGACUGGGCUGCCGAAACGGGUUAAAAAGACUGGCUCACUUCCUGCGGCUGCGAUGGCGGCCGUAGCAGCUGCCUCGGCCCCACAGCCUUCGGUACAAACUAUAGCUUCCCCUCAGGUGGUGCCGAAGAAGAUGGGAAGACCCCCGCGAACAGCGGCAGCUGUGGCAAACGCUGUGAUGUCUUCCGGUGACUUACCAGUAAUUUCCUCGGUACAAUCCCUCGCGCCUCCCACACCUAGCAACAGAACCACCCGAUCGAAGGGUGGACGUCCGCAAAGUAGUGGAACUGCUUCGUCAACGAUCUCCACGUCCACAUCAACAGCCACAAGCGCGAUGGGCCUGCCGGAAUUGAGAGUAUCCCUGGAACCGCUGAGCGUCCAGCUUGGAUCUCCCAUCCAAACGCGCUACGAAAUACCGGAGCCACCGCCCCCGAGAGUCGAGCUGAAAACACAAAUCGUAACGGUUCCCCCAAUCCCACCACCAGUCGCAAACGCUGGCACCAUGUGCAAACCGAUCCAGCAAUCGAAAGCCGUUAGCUGUAGGCCAGUCCAGUGUAACGUCGAGUGUCAGACCGAAGAGUGGCUCCAGAGGAAGAUUGUCAUCCCGAUACCGGUGCCCAUCUACGUACCAACGCCAAUGCAGAUGUACUCGUUGCCAGUGCCAAUCCCGAUUCCAUUCCCGCUACCCAUUCCCGUUCCGAUCUUCAUUCCUACCACCCGCAACUCAGCCAACGGUAUCAUGAAGGAAAUCAAAAAGAUUCAGGACAAAAUGCCCACCGAUCCGUACGAAGCGGAACUGCUCAUGAUGGCCGAGAUGGUGGCCGGGGAUAAGAAGAAAGACGACAGCGAUUCCGACUCGGAUGAUGCAGGUGAGGAUCAGUACACCACGACAGCGGCCACCGACGGCAUAGAAAACAACACCACCUUCAACGAGGAUCUUGUCCAAAUGGCUCUUAAGAUGGCAUCAAACGACUUCGAGGACCCUCCGGUGGAUUUGGAGUCCGCUAUGCAGGCUAACACAAUCGCUCAGCAACAGGCGGCAGCAGCGCAUCACGGUUACACUCACGACGAUGGUUCCCAGCAGCAGCAGCUCCACCAUCACCAGCUGAUGAUGCUCGAGCAGCAACGACAGGCGACAGCGGCCACCACUAUUGCUCAGCCCCCGGCUCAGCGCGGAGGACGCAAACGGGGCGCCGCUUCACCACGAGCGAACAACAACAAUCGACAGCAAAUUUCACCCAACAAGCGCAUCAAGCGGGAACAGAUCAACGAACCAUCGCCCGAACCACCCCGGGAGCCGACCGAGAAACCGGACGCCAAUAUGUGUCUGAAGUACACGUUCGGGGUGAACGCCUGGAAGCAGUGGGUACUCACCAAGAAUGCCGAUCUCGAGAAAAGCACAAUCAGGAGGAAACCGUUCAAAUCGGAAAUACUCCAGCUGACGGCGGAUGAGCUUAACUACUCGCUGUGUUUGUUCGUGAAGGAGGUCCGGAAGCCGAACGGGACGGAGUAUGCGCCCGAUACAAUAUACUACCUGGUGUUAGGUAUUCAGCAGUAUCUAUUUGAGAACGGACGGAUAGAUAAUAUUUUCACCGAUCCUUACUAUGAGCGCUUUACCGACUGUCUCGACGAGGUGGCGAAGAAGUUCUCCGUUUUGUACAAUGAUUCACAAUAUAUCGUAACACGGGUGGAAGAGGAACAUCUGUGGGAAUGCAAACAGUUGGGAGCCCACUCGCCGCACGUUCUGCUCAGUACGCUGAUGUUCUUCAACACGAAGCACUUCAAUCUGACGACGGUGGAGGAACACAUGGAGCUGAGCUUCUCGCACAUUAUGAAACACUGGAAACGGAACCCGAAUCAGGGUGGCGCCAAAAUGCCCGGAUCUAGGAACGUACUGCUGCGCUUCUAUCCGCCACAGUCGUCACUUGCCGCUAACUCGAGGAAGAAGAAAGUCUACGAGCAACAGGAGAACGAGGAAAAUCCGCUGAGGUGUCCGGUAAAGUUGUACGAGUUCUAUCUGUCGAAAUGUCCGGAAAGCGUGAAAACGCGCAACGACGUGUUCUACCUGCAGCCGGAACGGUCCUGCGUGCCUGAUUCACCCGUCUGGUACUCGACGCAAGCACUCAGCAAAGACUCCCUCAGCAAAAUGUUGCACCGGGUUAAGAUGGUCAAGGAAAUAAACAUUGCCCUGCUCACCAGCUAAUGAAACGAGACCCAAGAUGACGAGGAUAACACUAUCAGCAAUAUCAGCACCACCAACACUAACAACACCAACAACAGUACCAAUCCCAUCAAUUCCACCACGGCGGCCAAUUUCUGCUCGAUGAAUCACGUGGCCAACGCACUCAGCUCGCUUCCUUUCCGGAGCUUUCAAUCAUCACUCCAGCAGUUCCAGCAGAAUCAAAACGCCGGACUACAGCCGGGCAUUAAUGGUGGCUGCAGCUCGCAAACAUUAUCGAAUACAGGUAACUCAUCAUCUUCUUCUUCCGCCAUGGUGAACUCCGGGGCGGGUCAGCAACAACCGGCUAGCUUUAUGGCCAACAACACAACCCAUCCACCACCACCCCCAGAUUACGAUUACUACUAUAAUGAUUACUAUCGCCGCUGGAGUGGCAUUAUGAAUUUCUACAAGUAAGCAAGCAAAAGACAGCUGGAGGAAAGCGUGGAGAAAAAGGCGUUCCAUUGUGUUGGGGGUAAAAAGUUAACUCUCGUCAACAUUGGAAACACAAAAAAAAAAGGAAAAAGGACGCCAUCGAGACGUGGCUAAAAUUGGAAAAAAUAUAGUUUCCCUCUGGAAGAUUCUAAUUUGUGCAAAGCACCAAAAUUUAAGGAACUUCCUCUGCUACAAAGAAAAGCCGUGUUUUUUUUUAUUAUUCCUCUGAUAUAUAUAUUUUUGUUGCUUAUUGAACUUAAGUCAGACUUUCAGACCGCGCAUAGAUUUUAUCUACUCCCAAUGUGAACCACGCGAAGAAAUGAAUUUUUGUGUGUCUGCUUCUUGAAGUACCAUUUAAGUUCUUUAGUUUUCAUUUAUCUCUUCAUUAUAAUAGGUACUGAUGAGUGCGAAAAGGAUAAAAACAUUUCGAGGAUUGGAAUGAGCGAUAGGUAAUAAUAUGCUAGGAUUGUGUAAAUAUAUACUAAAAUGCUUAAUAGUCACAACUACUUUCUGUUGUUAAGGUAUGAAGGAAGAAAAAACUAAGAAAAAAAACGUAUAUGAAGGAUACACACAAGUCACAAGUUGUGAAAACAAUAAAAGCACAGUUAUUUUUUUUAAACCAAGAAUAACGAAACGUGAAGAUAUACUACACUCCGUAGGGAUUUGUAUUUGCUUAAUAAAACAAAGCUCCCACACAUUUUAUUGUUAAGAAUAGAACCCGUUGGAUGGACAUCAAUUGGACUUUGUGUUCAGGUUAGAGAUAUCUUUGUUCUAAAAAUUUCAUCCCCCUUCACCAAUCGUAUUGAGAAUUGGUCAGUAUAUUGUUGAAACUAUCUUAUACAUAGCAGAAGUGAAUGAAAAUCAAGCAAGGAGAAUCCUAAUACAAAUAUCAGAUAGCAGUGCUGUUUCGGUUACGAGCAUAUAAGCAGAUAUUUUUUGUGUAAAAUAGUGUCAAACUAUUGGUCAAAGAGCAUAAAGAUUCAAAAUAAAAAUUUGAACAAUCCCAA